GCUGGCCGCGGUCCAGCCCGGCGCACUAAUACAGCCUGGCGGCUCCCGCCUGACUGACGCCGGCCGGGGCUGCUGCUGCCGCUGCCGCUGCCGCUGCGCCCUGGCCCCGCCGCCGCGCAGCUGCAGCCGCGCUCCCGCCCGGCGCGCCGAGACCCCGGCCCGCGCCCGUGGCAGGCUUCAUCAGCAGUUUCUUGAUGUUUGGAAAGUUCUGAGACCCACCCUGUUGGACUACUUGUAACCAGUGCCUAAGACUACAGAAACGUACGUGUGGAAGAACCUUUCCUUGAAGGAAGUGUCCAUCACAGCACUGUGGAAACUCCUUGCAGGCCUAGCAAGGCAGGAGAGCAGUUUGUGCUUCUGCUGAGGCUCGUGUGUGAUCUCUGCUUCUUAUGCACUCCAGCACCCCUAUCAGCUCCUUGUUCUCCUUCACCAGCCCCGCAGUGAAAAGGCUGCUGGGCUGGAAACAAGGAGAUGAAGAAGAAAAGUGGGCAGAAAAAGCUGUGGAUUCCUUGGUGAAGAAGCUAAAGAAGAAAAAAGGAGCCAUGGAAGAACUGGAGAGGGCUCUGAGCUGCCCGGGCCAGCCCAGUAAAUGCGUCACCAUCCCUCGUUCCUUGGACGGGCGGCUGCAGGUGUCUCACCGCAAGGGGCUUCCCCACGUCAUCUACUGCAGAGUGUGGCGCUGGCCUGAUUUACAGUCUCACCAUGAGCUGAAACCGCUGGAAUGCUGCGAGUUCCCUUUUGGCUCGAAACAGAAAGAGGUGUGCAUCAACCCCUACCAUUACCGGCGGGUGGAAACCCCAGUCCUACCUCCUGUACUCGUUCCAAGACACAGUGAGUUUAACCCUCACCUCAGCCUGCUUGCCAAGUUUCGAAACACUUCUCUGCACAGCGAGCCACUGAUGCCGCACAAUGCCACUUACCCGGAUUCUUUCCAGCACCCUCCUUGCACUCCUUUUCCACCAUCCCCCAGCCACCUGUUCUCCCAGUCACCCAACAGCAUCAGCUACCCCAACUCACCAGAAAGCUCCUCUGGACCAGGAAGUCCCUAUCAGCUCACGGUGGAAACUCCCCCUCCACCCUACCAUGCAAGAGAACCUCCAGGAAUCCACAAUGGACGGUCAAUGGAUGCACUAGCUGAAAGUCAACUAGUGCUGUCUUUGCCCAAUGGAGGUAAAUCUGCCGAUGGAGAAGCUGAAAACUUUCGGCCUGUUUGUUAUGAGGAACCCCAACACUGGUGCUCAGUUGCCUAUUAUGAACUCAACAACCGGGUAGGGGAGACUUUCCAGGCCUCCUCUCGAAGUAUCCUUAUAGAUGGAUUUACAGAUCCUUCAAAUAACAAAAACAGGUUCUGCCUGGGUCUGCUCUCGAAUGUAAACCGCAAUUCUACUAUAGAAAACACCAGGAGACACAUAGGAAAAGGUGUCCAUCUUUACUACGUGGGUGGGGAGGUUUAUGCCGAAUGUGUCAGUGACAGCAGCAUUUUUGUGCAAAGCCGCAACUGCAACUACCAGCAUGGUUUCCACCCUGCCACGGUCUGCAAGAUCCCCAGUGGCUGCAGCCUCAAGAUCUUCAACAACCAGCUCUUUGCCCAGCUGCUUGCCCAGUCAGUCAACCACGGCUUCGAGGUGGUGUAUGAGCUCACCAAGAUGUGUACUAUUCGAAUGAGCUUUGUGAAAGGCUGGGGAGCAGAGUAUCAUCGCCAAGAUGUUACAAGCACACCCUGCUGGAUUGAGAUCCACCUGCAUGGACCAUUGCAAUGGCUGGAUAAGGUGCUGACACAGAUGGGCUCGCCUCACAAUCCCAUCUCCUCAGUCUCUUAAGAAUCAUCUCUAGAAUUCCCUUAGGAUGGAUGCUAUUGCAGGCAGUGGCUUAUAGAAUUCCCAUGAACAGAAGCUUCUAUAUGUAGAUGUAUGUAGAUGUAAAUAUAUCUAUACAUAGUCUACUACUUUUUUUUUUUAAUUUUCAUUUUGUGGUUUCUAGUUACUCUGAUGCCAGUACAAUAAGUUUAGAAAUUCAGGUAUAGCAUAUCUGUUCUCUAGUACAAAAUAAGCCAAAUUCCUGCAAAAGUGUCAAACAUUUCCUGUGAGCAUCUUCAUUCCCCAGCCAAGCCAGUAAAUGGUGUAAAUUCCCAGCCCUUUCACAUGGGUUCAGAAACCUGGCUGUAGCUGUUCCUAGUAGGUGAAAUUCACCCCUCUGCAGGCAACCAAAGUCAGAUCUCUGUGCCAUUUAUAUUCAUCUUACAUCCUGAUAUCAAGUCCAGAAGAGGACCUUAGGUGAUGCACAGGACUCAUGCACAGAGGUGACUUUUACCUAGUGAAACUGAAGGACUAAACUGCAAUUCCAGUCUGUCUCCCUACUGCAGAACAUGAUGGGACAACACAUCCUCUGAAGAGCUGAGGCACACCAUCUCUCCUGGGAUUUGGCAGGAGGAGGGAGCCCUUGGGACAUGUUCAGCACAGGAAGCUUAUCUCAGAGCAUUCUGGACAAUCCAAGUAGUCUGGUACUGUUAACACAGUUGGGUACUAUACAGCUGCACUGAAAAGCAACAAGCUCCUAAGAAAAUAAUAAUAAUUGAAAAUAUAUGCCCAUAAGCUAAAAAAAAACUAAUUAACUUCCAGUGCUUUUUUGCAAAGUACAUACAUACUUGCAUAAAUGUCCAGCAUGUAAACUGAAUCCUAUCCAUUCUACAGUAUUGAUGUAAUUUGUUUUAAAGUUAGGACUGUCUGUAUUCAGACUGCUGUGCUGAUAUCAAAGGUACACCUAAAAGAGACUUGAACUGUGAUUCAGAAAAGGGAAAUUAAGUGUGCAUUGAAGAAGCAAAUAAUUACUUUAUCAUUCAUCUUGGGAACAGGAAGCCCCACACUCAAAGGACACAAUGAGAAAGAGGUGGGAGUCAGCCAUGUCCGUCCCCUGUGCUGGGCCAGUCCUGGGGAUCUGACUGCAUUGCUCGUGUCUGAAUUCAGAGGGCUUCCCUGCCAGUCCCUGCAUACCUUCCCAUGGAUGGUCUCUCAUCUUAGAUACAGCUUCUUCAUUUCCUGAGCUUUUGCCUUGCCUGCAGAGGAUAGUGAGGCAGAGUAAGCCACGAAAAGGUGAAGAGGAAUCUAUGUGCAGAACCUUGACUGUGUUCCUUCUGCAAGCAGGGAAGCUUAUCACCCAUACCCUAAUCCCAUCCUUACGAAAUGCUGUUCACUUGGAAACCUUUACUGAUAAGACGGGUGAAACUCCUGCUACAUUUUGAUGGUCUUCACUUUUGCUGAAAAAGUUGAGUAUUAUUUCUUUCCAGGCAUAAUAGUCUACUGAAAAUUGUUUUUAUUUAAGAGUCAGAAAGAGUGAUAACAUCUCCAGUAUCAUUCCUCCAUAGAACACAGUGGAUGUAUUAGUGGAAAAAUAAUGUUUUCCAGAAUAUUUAUUUUCUUCUCACACAACAUCUGGUGCCUCACAUUCUGCUGCAUAAUUAAAAGAGGACACCUGAAAUCUUCAGCAGUAUCACACAUGCAAAAGGAAAUAACAUUCACUGGAAAGAGAGUGAGUAAACUAACAGUGUUACUUCAUUUGAAUGCAUUUGUGCAGCAUUAGCACAGCACAGAAGGAUAAACUGUUCUUAAGUUUGAGCAGUAAUAGCAAGUUGUACAGGAAAUUUAUAAGUGUGAAGAACACUAUUCUGUCACCAUUUGAUGUCAGCAGUGUCACUGUGAGAUAGGAAAAACUUUACAGUCUCUUGCAGCAAUGAAAUCUAAUAAUAAUAAUAAUAAUAAUAAUAAUAAUAAUAAUAAUAAUAAUAAUAAUUAGAUAUUCCAGCCAUUUACUGCCAUUUACUAUUUAGCAGACUUUAGAGACAUCAGUUUGGAAAAAUGCAUUUUCCUUAGCUCCCUCUGUUAUAAGUGAUCAGAUACUGGUAAUGUUUUUUAGCAUGUUUAUUGCCCCUCUUCUCCAGUUGCACCUUUGCUCCAGAAUGAGCACCUUUUGAUUUUGCUCAUUCCUUUUUUUUUCUUUUUAGCAGCAAAGCACAGAGGAAAUCACCUUUAUUGUCCACGAUCUAGCUCUGUCCCUUAUCCUAGAUUCUUCCUUGCCUUUUAGGCUGAAAUAUCCUUCCCUUUUACUAUAGAGAGAAGCCUAGGAGUUCCUUUUAGACAUUCCCAGCAUUGUUACCUUCCUCACAGCGAGCAAAAGGAAAUGUUCUAAGGUGCACCUGCUUUGGGCAGUUCCAGAACCUGGUUUUCCCUUGAUGCUGCAGAGAAAAACUGGAUGGCCAGUGAAGAGAAGCAGCUUCUUCUGGGGCAUUAUUUGUUUCCUCACAAGGUAUUUCAAGUAGGUGAAAUACACUCCACUCUGAGCAUGCUUGUGUCUUCCCACUGAGUAUAACGGGAACCCAGGCUCACAAAUGCAGACUGCUGCACUGGAUGUAUCCAAAAACAGAUGAGGGAAACCCUAAGGAAGAUGUGGUGACUUUCCCAGCCUAGUAAUGAUGCUUGCUCAGUAAGUGUUUGUUUGGUUUAAAUGGAAGUUGGUAAAAUCAGAGCAGUUUUUCCUUUCCUUUAUGUCUACUUUUAUGUAAUCAUUUUACAAAUAGGAUUUGGCUUCCAUGCAGUCCAUACAUGCACCACAUUUAAUGUAGUCACCUUAAUACUCCCUUACUAGUAAGAAAAGAGGCAUUUCUGGAGCAUGAUUCUCCUGACCCAUUUAAAAUGCCUGUAUUAGGAUGAGAUGAAUUUCAGCAAAUUUAACUAUUUGCCGAAAACUGGAUCAAAGCACGCGAUUCUGGGCAAUUCUGGCAACAGCCAUUUCAGUAUUUAGCCUUGGGGAAGGCUGAUACCACUGUGUUAGUUGUUUCCUAUUUUGGUGGUUUCUGGGGGCUUAGCUCACUGUGCUGUGCAAACAUGCAGAAGCUAACAGCUCCUCCCCAAAGCCCACAGUACUUGAGAGAAGAGGUAACAGUGGAUGAGAAAAAAAAUGUAAAUAAGAUGACUCCUGCCCAGAUGCAGAGAUAAAAAGCAAGGCUAAUAAACCACUAAUAAACCACUUUCUCUUUGAACAAAGUUUCUUUUACAGGCUUCUCUAGUGUGUGUGAAUUUAAAUUGGUUAAAAAAUCAGAUUUCUUAGAAUUUACAGCAAUAUAACUUUGGAUCUCUAAUGUCUUCCCCAAAGGAGAUAACUUCUGCUGAAAGGUCUUCAUGAACCUUUAAGCCUGUAGUCAAUUUAAAGUCAUUAUAAAUGUACUACUCAUUAAUACUCAAGCUUUCUCAAGGAGAUAGUCUUCCUGAGAGAUUUAAAACCACUUACAGCAAGACUCCUUAGUUGAAGGCAGAUUUUUAAAAUGUUUUUUUUCAGUCAUCAAUGGUUCAUAGCCUCUUAAAAGUUUCUGUUGAGGAGUACCAUGCAUCAGCAGGCAGUGGUGGGAGUCUAAUGAGGCAGAGGAGUAAAGCACAUUCAGCAUGAUAUGUAGACCACUUGUUUUCCUAUUAAAUAGGAAAGCCCAGGGAAGAUGACUUUAGUUGCUGCCAGUGCUUCAGCAGCACCAGUACUAACGUGCUGUUUGCACCCAGAGGUGACAGGAGCAAGUCUCACACUGACUGCCUGGAGCCAUUCCAUGGCACUGCUGCUUGGGUGGCUCAGUCCCAUCCCCUUGCCUUGGAAAGCUGCCCAGGCACAGCACAGCAGUGGCUGUAGCACUGCAAGGUGCAGCACGUGCUUUCCCUCCCCAUCAGCGGCUAUACCACCAACGUCUUUACUCCUCAUCAGAAUGCUCAGUUGGAAGGAUAAUGUAUCAGAAACAUAAAGGGGAACUGUGGCCCAAAGUAGCACCAGCUGGAGUUGAGGAAAUCCCUUCCAUGUCUCCAGCAGGUGUACUGUGCCAAGACUUUCACUGCCCUGAGCAGCUUUCUGCAAGCAGUCCCUGUCUGGAGCAGGGUGUCAGACUUGAUGCCAUGGUGAGAUCCUUUCCAGUAUACUCUGGGUCUCUGUGGAGGUUCACUGAUAACUGGUUGCCACAGGAAGGAGCUCUCUGUUAGCAGAAGUUUCAGGAUGAAACAUGUUUCUCCUUAGCUAUUUUAUAUAAGUGUUCCCUCAGCAUAAAAUCAGCACUCCAAACAUCUCUCACUGUGAACAUCAUCUUCACCACACCCCUUUUAAAAUGCAGAAAACAAGGCAUUUGUGACUGUAACCUUAUCUAAUCUGCCCUUGUUCUUCCUGGUUUACAACACCCACCUUUGUCUAUCAGCUCUCAAUCUCAACAGUGACUAAGGAGUUGCACGAACAGCUGGAUUUACAGAGGCAGCUCAGGCAGACAGUUUGCUUCUUGACUGCAUGGAAACAAUUAAUAAAACAGUCUGAUCAAUUUAGGAACUUUAAAGGGGUAUCAAGUAUAAGACAAUUUUCUUGGAUUAAACUGCUCUGGUGCAACUAUAACUUUUAGGAAUCUUCUGUACUAGUCACCUCUUCUCCUAGCUUCCCCAUAACCUAACUUAGUACAACCAAAAUCAAAUACAAGAAAAAAAGGUCAAUGAGUCAUAAGGUAAUUAGAUACCAUUUCUCAAAGUUGAGAAGUGUUGCCCAAAAUGUAGAUUUAUAUCAUGAGAAGGCCAUGUAGUUAUAGGACAAGUGGGUAAUGGCUUUAACUGAAAGAGGGUAGUUUUAGUUAAGAUAUUAAGCAGAAAUUCUUUAUUGUGAGCGUGAGGAGACACUGGCACAGGAAAAGUUGUCCCAAAAAGAGUUGUGAAUGCCCCAUCCUCAGAAGUGUUCAAGGCCAGGUUGGAUGGGGCUUUGAGUAGCCAGGUCCACAGGAGGGUAUCCCUGCCCAUGGCAGGAGGGUGAGAUUUGAUGAUCUUUAGAGGUCAAUUCCAACCCAAACUAUUUGAUGAUGAUGAUGAUGUCCCAGAUGCCCGCCAAGCCAGAAGCAAGACUUCCUUGCUCUGGAGAAACCUGGAGAACAGGCUGUUUCUUGAACAUCUGAACCCAAGGCCUUUGGAGUGAGUGGAACACCCCACUGAAGGGGCUGAGAAAGUUUUCACAAAGGAUUUACAGUUCAUGGGUGUUCCCCCAGUAGCCAGAAAUGCACUGAGAUGAUGAAGAGACUGAGGAUGAGGAGGGAGUAUACAGCCAGGUAAGCCCAGUGGUCAUCACUGGAGGCAUCAAGGCAGUACAUGCUCGGGCAGCCACUCUGUUCACUAGAGCUUUUUAUAUUCAGAUCUGAACUAAUCGUCAAGGCCUGUCUUAGGAGCAGCUUGGAGUACCACAAUCCUUGCUCAGGUUUUUCCCUGGGAAGGUGUGCCAGCUUCCUGAUUAAGCCAUUCGAUACAGUGGGGCAAAUGGUGUCCCACGUGCUCCAGAGAGUAAGCUCUGGUUGCAUUUGGGAACCAUGCUUGGAAGAUUACCCUCUGUCUCACCACAAGAUUAAUGAGGAGCUCAGCUUUGGGGCACUGUUCAAGGACACAAUAAACACAUCUAGUAUGUGCUCCUCAAAGAAAGAUGCAGUCAGAACAGAAACUGCACAACUGAAAGAUGUGGACUAUAUAUGGAGAGAGCAUCGAACCUGGGAAUUGUGACAAACCAGCUAAUUUCAAGAUAAGGUGGAAAUUGCCAUUCUCAAAGGAAAACAGUCAGCAGGAACCUUCAUGAGGACUCCUGACUAUGAAAUCACAUUUUUAACAGUACAUAAGGAUGGACAAGUGUGCUUCCCUAAGAGCAAUUGAGAGAUUAAGCUACUAUGAAAAAAGAGCUUGACAGAGUUGGUCUCAUCUUACAGCAGGGAGAGAGAUUCUGUAAGACUUUAGAUCCAUGAACAAAAAACUUCUCAGCCUGGAAGGUACAUUGCAGCCACUGAAACAGGGUUUGUUCCUCAUGGCAACUCCAAGAGUACCUUUGUUCAAGAUACAGGAAGCCUGAGUGGCCAUUUAGUCUUUCUUCAGUUGAGAGAAAUCGCUUUGUGUCUCUAGUACAGACAGACACUUCUGCAUGUUGAGGACCAGCACAGAACACAGCCUUUGGUUUGCACCCAUCAUCUACCACAGGAAGCUCCAGAAGAGCCAGGAACAGCCAGAAUCCUGCCAUGUGUUCACCCCAGGGCUUCCCAGACACCUUGCCCAGGCGUGCCUUACAUUACAAUGCCAUACUGAUGCCACACUUCUCUGCCAGGGAGGUGAGACACAUGAGAAUCCUAGCAGGAGAACACCUCCACUUGCAGCUGGGCCAUGCUUGCAAACUUGGUGCCUGUGCAGAUGAAAUCUAAUUUGCAGGCCAUGUCUCACGCAAGGUAGACAUAUCCACUGUUCUCCAGAGUCAGCUACUCUUCCUUUACAGUCAAUGUGAACAUUUGCAGAUAAUUGUGAACACAUUCUAGAUCUUCAGUCAUAGUGUUUUUAAUACCCAUGGAUGCUGCUACUUUAUAUUCUAUGUUAGUAUUCAAAUAAUAUUGCAUAUGAAUAGCAUAGGGUAAAAUAGACCAACCAGUUAAUAAUUUUAAAUACAGACCUCAUCAGCAAAGAAAAUCUAGAAAAACCUUGGUAAAAUCUGACCCCUUGCACUUUCACAGUAGUGAGCGAGCACAUCAUAUUUCAAAGUGGUUUAUUUGAUGCUGAUGUGUGUGUUGUCUUAUUCACAGUUAUGUCCAUGAGAAGCUUUGCAAAUGAGAGCAAGGGAACAAACAAUGAUGAGCAGAGAUAAUGUGCAUUUAGACAUUUUUUCUUGACUUACUCAAGCAAUUGGAGUUUUUAAUUAUUUAUAAUACUUUAAAAGUACAAAUUAAAUGUACCACAGCCUGCUUUCUGCAGAUAAGUCAGUGUUAGCAAUUUAAACCUUCAUUUCAUAUCACCUCUGUGAUAUAAAUGGGGCUGAGAAGUGAGAAAAGAAAGAGAAGAAACAGGCCUUAUUGUGUGGAUCAAUGAAGCCAUGAAGUUGCAAAGCUCUACAAAAGGAGCUAAAAUGAUGGAUUUGAGCAAGGUGUGUUAACUAUGGGGUUGUGUUGACUGUGACCUAUCAGUCUGGUGAGAAAAGCACUGAGUCAUCCGUAGAUUAACAAGAGUCACUGAUGUCUAUGAAUAAUUCUGCCCUCUGUUUCCCAUCAGAAGCAAAGCAAAACAUCUGCACUAUCCACAAGUAUUACUUAUGGUUUGAGACAUUCUGUAAACCAGCGUAGGUCGCUGUAUAAAGAACAAUACUUGGGUCUUGCCUCUGGAGAAUGAAAAAUUGCAGACAUAGCUUCAGGAGGGCAAAAGAUCCAGGCAGCUCAGAGUCCUCCAAUCAGCCCCAGAAUACUCUGUUCCAUGCUGUGUUGUACCAAGGAUGGAACGACUGCUAACCAAGGGGACACUUUCACAAGCAUUCCUCCUGCUGCAUUUGAUUUGAGGCAUUCUGAAGACAACACAUUUAAUCUGAACAAUACACUUUUUAAUGCACUCCACUUUCUUUGGCCGGAAUUAUUCUAUUGUAAAAGGGAUUAUUCACGUCUUGUGUUUUACUGUUAAUAAAGACAUUUCUGUUUUAAGA